CCAGAAUUAAGCCGGAGGCAUAAAAAUCAGCCACCCUGUAAAAUCCCCUCUAACUCCCUGCAGCUCCAGCAUGGCCGGCUUUCUGCUCCUGCUGUCCGUCCUGCUCGCGCUGUCCGAUGCUGAAGAGCAUGCCGUUAACGAGCUGUUCUCCCUAAUUGUAACUCCACCAGAGAAGAUGGUGCAAAGUGGUGUCUCUGACUCCAACAACCACACCAGGGCUGCAGGCAAAGAUCCUUCCCUGCCGGUCAACGAGCUGCUGGAACAAGGUAAAAAGUCUGCAGACCCAAAGUUCAUGCAUGUCCUGCCCGCUGCUGGGGUUUGGCCUAAACACGUGGGCUUGGCACCUCUGCCCCGACCUGGACCUCACAGCAAGAGCAAGAAGGACGAUCGUUUUCCAGUGGAGCACAACAGCGAGAAGACACGGACUGAUGAUGUCCAGCGUGCGAAUCAGCCUUUCAUACCUUCUAAAGUUGUCCCGGUUGUUGGUGUUGGAGUAAUGAACCGCACCCAGAAGGCCACACCUGAAAGCCCGGUCCAGUCCAACAACCCCCCACCCAGUGAAUCUGACAUUUACCAUAACCACAACUCCAGAUCCCGCGGCCGGCCUCAGCCCACCACGUCCAACUCACGUGGGAAAGAGAAAGAGAAUGCCAACAGACGACUGGACCCUGAAGAAAACAGGCCUGGCAAGUCCAGGCUGAGUGGAGGCAGCAGCUUGAACAUCACUCGACCGUUCAUCCUUCACAACCGCCGAAGCUCCAGCCUGCUCUACCACUUCGACAUCCUCAAAAAAGAGUCAGACUUCAGCCAGGAUGCUGUGUGUCUGAGUGAAUGCCGGAAAGAGAAGGACGAGACAGAACACUAUUGCUACAGUGAAUUUGCCAUCAAUGGCAUCGUCCACGACAUCGAUAUGAUCCGUAAAGGCAUCAGGCUGGUCACUCUGCUGGUGAACAGCGACGGCUUCUACAAGAUGAGCCGCCUCUACGUCACUCCAGACACGUACUUCUUCAAAGUGAACGUCCUGGUGCUGGACACCUUCAAAUGCACCAAGCCCUGUCCUGACUUCAAACUGGGCAGCCGAUACAUAGUCAUGGGGCAGAUUUAUCACCGGAGACGCCAUCUUCCCUCCAGUCUCCUCGCUCUCGUUGGAGGCAAGCUCAAACCAGGCGACGGCCUCCUGCGCAGCAGCAACUACGUCAAACGCUACAACAAGAGAAGGCACCAGAAAGCUCAGGAGGCCACACGCUCAAGGUGCAGGUGAAAGAAAAAUAACAGGAAAACAAAGAAACUAGUAGCCUCGCUACUGACACCUGCUGCACGGGAGGACUAACUGUGGCCUUAUGUAAAAAUAAAAAGAAACAACCUCAUAAUCAUGCAGUAUUAUCGGAGGAGAGAGGGACAAGCAAACAAUGGCUUCUCUGUCCACUCUGUCCGAACGUCCUAGGGUCAAUCAAAUCCAAGUGGGGAUAUUUUGCUUGCUGUACAAUGCUUGCCUUUUUGCUUGUCCUCUUUCAUAGACGACUCCGGGGGGAAUCUGCUGAAUUCCACCCAGUCGCAGAAUAUCUGAUUCAUGUCUGGAACAUGAACCAAGAACCGGCUAAAUGUUUCCUUCACGACAUUCAGAGAAAAACAGCAAAAUUGCAUUUUUUAUGUUUAUAUAUAAUGGAUAACAGUGGAUAGAUGCGGCAAAACCCUUCUGAAAAAGGACUACGGUAAUGCUACAGAACAUUCAAUAGGAUUCCUGUAGUAAACUGACAAAUGUACCACAAACGUUAUAAAUCAUAAUAAGAUGGUGCUACAGGAACAUUAUAUGGAAGUAAAAGAGUUGAAGUCUAUGGAAAUCUAAUAGCUUCUUACUGUAUUACUGCAGGCUUUUUUUUCAUAAGGGUAACCACGACCACAUAUACACACGCAACCUAGUACGCUUUCAGUGGGCACUUAAAUUUACACUUCCAGAUAAGGAAGAGCUGUUGGCAGAGAUUUUAGUGUUUCUUUACAAAAUAUACAGCACCUGAUGUUACCUACAGCUGACAUGUACGCACUGUAUCACUGUCCUCUAUCCAAUCACACUUUCCACUGUGGGAAUGUCAUGUGUCAUUACAACACAUUCCCCAUGCCUUGUUUGUUUUCCGUUCACACCAUUUGACCGGCCACACCGGACCAGCAUUAGUGAGAAAUAUCAGAGGAACGGUCGUUUACCCCGUCUGCAGGACCGCCACGGGACAAGCCAAGAACACAGAGGUCCUAUUUAGUCCCCAUUUUCUUAACACUGCUUUCUCCCUUUUGCUCGGCUUCUUAUCAGAAUUCAGGAAAUGCACUGUUACGCUUAAAAGAAAAAAAGAAAGAAUGAAAGAAACGGGGGGAUGGGGGUUGGAACAGGGACAAGGGGAAGUAAAAAGGGGAGAAAAAAGGUUAAAAAAGAAUAAACAAAACUGAAAACCAAAACCCUUUUCUUCCAAACAAGGUUGCAUUUCCUUCUGCCUCUCCACGCAAUAAUGUAUGAAAGCCCAUUUGUGCCAGGCAGAAGAGAAAAAUAUGUCAAAUGUUUUAAUUAGAACAUACAUAUAUGAAAAAUAUAUAAAGCAAUUACUUUUUUCUCAACCACUUAUGUUCUCAAUAUACUGAUUUAGUAUCUCAUAAUUAUGAUUAAUUUGUCUAAAAAUAUUGAAAUAGUAUCUUGAAAUAUAUAAGACUAUAAGAUCUCUAUCACUUAUGUUUUCAAUAUACUGAUUUGGCAUCUCAAUCAUUUGUCUAAAACUACUUAGAAAUAAUGACAUUUUCUCAAUACUGUGACAUAGUAUCUCAAAGUAAUGACUUGUUUUCUCAAAAUAUUGACUUAUUAUGUUGAAAUAAGUAUUCUUAUUAUACUUUAAGAAAGUAAUCAUUUUUUGAGAAAGUAUUUUGACAAAAUAAGUCUUUUUUUUGAGAUACUAAUUUUGACAUACUGCUGGUAGACUUUUCCCUCUACCUGGUGGGAAUGGGCUUCAAAAGGAAAUCGGAUUACGGAGCAUGAGCGAAGAAAGAGAAGGCCGGUGUGUAUCGGGGUGUGUGUGGGAGCGUGUGUGUGUUUGCGUUCUAAUCGGACAGUAAUCUGAUACUGCGUGCACCUGGUUACAUGAAAGAGGGCGGUUCUGUUUAGGGUCCAGCAAGCAAAAACACCGACCAGGGCCUUAGGGUAGCCUGCAGGGCCGGUAAUGUAACGCCACCUAUGGUGAAUGUUUGCCCUCUCUCUCUCUCUCUCUCUCUCUCUCUCUCUCUCUCUCUCACACACACACACACCCACACACACACACAGAGGCUUUGGCUCAAACUCAAAGGAAGUGUGUGAAGGGGCCGGAAUGGAAGGGUAGAUGGGAGAGGUACAGGCCGAAAAGAAGAGGAGCUUUAUGGAAGUGUUGGGUGAGAAAGGAAAAGAGAGGGAACCUAUAAACCCUCCGUUCUGUUCGGCUUAGAAGGAAAGGAAUAGUCCAGCAAAAUUACAUGUGCCCUAAAUGUAGUCGAUCAGCCAAGACAUGUUUGCUGUCUGAAAUUCGCUUCUUUAGUUUUGCACUGGAGCUACAAGGCUAAUGUAACUAAUAGGUAAUGGAAGCUUAUACUCCACUCAUUAGCAUCAAUGUAAAGCAUUACACUCGCCUUAAACUGCAGAGCUGUUCGGUGAUCUCAAGUAGAGUUGCUUAUGUGUUUUAGGCCACUGUGUGACACACUGUUAUAUACAGAAAUGCACCACAUGUAUUUGAGGUUACUUAAAGCAACAUUUAGCUUUAACAGUCUGCUUGCCUCUUACAACGAUGCUGCAGUCUCUGCAUCAAGGUUUUCUGGUUUAAAGUCUAGGAAAACCUCCUCCUGACGACACACCUUGAAGGUGGAAGAACUACAUCUACUUUGGAUGGGCUGUUGAUUUAUUCCCGUUAGCCAAGACAGCUAAUCUUACUAACUACUAGGACACGGACUCUCAGUACAAUGGAAUAAUCAAGUCAUUCUCACAAUAGAGAGAAUGGACCACAGAAAUGCUCAGAUAAGACGCUUUACUCCAUCAAGCUUGCUGAAUUAUGCAAGCUAAUGCUGCAGUUAGCAUGGUGACCUUGCUACCUGGACAUCUUUCCUCAGUUGGGCUUCUUUUCCAAAUUCAUCAGUUGAGUUGUAUCUUUAAGGAAGAUAAAAACGACCUUAUUUGACAACCAUGGUAAAAGUUAUGCAAAUGUUAGCUUGGUUGUUUCUGUUAGCUUCUAGAUUAGGGGCUAGCACUCAGGAUGGGUUGACACCACAGGGAUUGCCAGUGAUUGUAUACGGUGUUAGUGUAAUGCUUGCUGUAUUAUAUAGUGUGAUUAAAAACAAAUUAUUUAAUAAAUUCUGUUAAACCGAUGAGAUUUCUGUGCUAUAGCUUGGUGCAUAACACAACAAGUAACACGCUAAAUGCUAGUUUUAGGCCAGAAUGCCCCUUCAACAACUCGGCACCAUUUGAGACAAAUGUAUGACGAUUCAGUGCUAAUCAGUUGAUAGAAGAUUCACGUUUGGUAGUGUCUAAGGUUCACGCGUUAAACAGGUCUUGGCUAAUCGACUAUGUUAAAUAUAAGGAGAGAAACGUUGUGUUUGAGUCUAAGGAAUACUGGAGGUUGGAAUGGCAGAUUGAUUUUGUUAUGCACUGUAGAUGCACAUUUUGUCUCCUUCUGAAAUUAUAUUAAAUAAAGUAUUGUUUUUCUA